GAUCAAGAAAAUUCGGAUCGGAAAUUCGGACUGUCACACUUGGUUGAACAUCGGAUAUAGAGAUGUCGAAAUUGAUAGGAGCAGUAACUGGGCCUCUGCUCCCAUACUGGGAGAUAGUGCGGGACAGAGUGAAUUCUUCCUGUGAAGGCGUGGAGCCAUGGAAAAUAAUCGUCUGUUCGUGUGGAACCACACUUCUAGUCCUCACAGUCAAGGACAUUCUCUUCUCGGACGAGGACACCCUAACCAACAGAACAAGAAACGAAUUUUUCCGCUUAAUGAAAAAAAUUCCAUUUGUCCAGAAGAGGAUUGCACAGGAAAAGAAAAAGAUAAUGAAGGACAUGGAACAUGCAAUGAAUGCAGAAGUAGACAGAUACAUCACACACUUACCAGCAGAAGGACUCAAAAUGGAGCCCCUCAUGGAAGAGCUGAAAAAAUAUCAAGAUUUAGCAAAAGUAGACUGGAGCAAUGGAACUAUAUCAGGGACAGUGUAUAGUGGGGAUCCAACACUCACUCAUUUAAUGGAAAAGGUGUAUGGAAUGUUUGCUUGGACCAAUCCUCUCCAUGCUGAUAUUUUCCCAGACAUCAGGAAAAUGGAGGCAGAAGUUGUCAGGAUGUGUUGUACCAUGUUCAAUGGUGAUAAGGAUUCCUGUGGGACUAUGACUUCUGGUGGUACAGAGAGUAUUCUGAUGGCAAUGUUUACCUACAGAAACAUCGCAAGGGAGAGGGGCAUUAAAAUUCCUGAAAUCAUUGUGCCAAUCACAGCUCAUGCUGCUUUUGAUAAGGCAGCUGCAUACUUCCAUAUGAAGAUUACACACAUUCCUAUUGACGAAGAAACUAGAAAAGUCAACAUAAAUGCCAUGAAAAGAGCAAUAAACAAAAACACUUGUGUGUUGGUAGGAUCAGCACCACAGUUUCCACAUGGGGCAAUUGAUGACAUAGAAUCUAUAACUCAGUUGGGGUUGAAGUACAACAUUCCUGUCCAUGUGGACUGUUGUCUUGGGGGUUUCCUCUACCCUUUCAUGGAAAAGGCAGGAUUUACUGUACCUGUGGUAGAUUUCAGAUUACCUGGAGUCACAAGUAUCUCAGCCGACACACACAAGUAUGCUUUUGCUCCAAAGGGUUCCUCUGUUAUAUUGUACAAAAAUGAUGACUACAGAAAAUUCCAGUUCUUUGUGCAGCCCAACUGGCCGGGUGGUAUCUAUGCUACAGCUGCCAUUGGAGGCAGUCGACCUGGUGCCAUCAUAGCAGUGUGCUGGGCAACUCUUAUGUACUUUGGAGAAAAAGGUUACGUGGAUUCUACAAGAAAGAUCAUCUCCACAGCCAGAUAUAUAAAAGCAGGGCUUAAGAAGAUCCCUGGGUUCCACAUAUUUGGAGAUCCUCAGAUGUCUGUGGUUGGGUUUGGACCAGCAGAGGGUUUCAAGUACAACAUCUUCACCUUCUCUGAUAUGAUUGCCAAACGAGGCUGGAACCUCAACCCACUUCAGUUCCCCUCAAGUGUACAUCUUUGUGUGACUCUACUUCACACAAAAGAGGGAGUAGCUGACAAAUUCCUGCAGGAUUGCAAAGAAUGUUUAGAAGAGUUGCUGGCAUCUCCAGAUGCUGAGGCAGGGGGAAUGGCAGCCAUGUAUGGGACAUCUCAGAGUAUUCCCGACCGCUCCAUGGUUGCUGAUCUUGCUGGGUGCUUUGUGAGCGCCCUCUACACUACAGACAAAAAAGAAGAGACCAACGGAACAGUUCCGACCGACUAGGAUGAUAAACAGUUCCUAGAUAAAACUCUGUCUCCCACAGGAAGUUUGUAAGGAUGAUAUUAUUGACAGCACAAACUGUACCAGUAAAGCAUUUAAGUGACAGUGUUACUUGUUGUAGCUGGUGCUCUUGAAUGUUUUAGUUGUCAAGUAUUUAUUUAUUGUGUCUCCUAUAGAAAAAAAGAAAUCAAAGUUAAGAUUUUCAUCUAUAACUUUCUUUUAUUUAUAUACAUGUAGAUGCACAAGCAAUGCAAUUCUAAGUCUAGAGACUGUAUUUAUAUAUGUGCACAUAUUUCAGUGAUCUUCAACUGUGAUAUACUCUCUUCACUGUUGGCAUGGUUAUAUUUCCGAGUUGAAAUUACAAAUUUGACAAGUGGAAACUUUUGUAAUCUUCUCGGAUGUAUUGAUGUGUUUCUUUUACAAUGAUGAGAAAUUUGACAAGUGAAAACAUUCACUUUUAUUAAUCGUUCAUCGGUUUUGUUAAUUUUUCCACAUAGUCAACAUUUCCAUGUAUACAACAUUUAUAUACAAUAUAUAUAAACUCAUUGGCGAUUGCUUAUUAAGAACAUUUUUCAAAUUAUUACAAAAUAGAAAUUAAAGAGUUGCAUUCAUUUGUAAAAUACUUUCAA